GGGAUUUAUAUUCUUUCCAGAACCAAUCAUAUUGUCAGCCAGUAGCUAACGAAUAGGACAAUCGGGCUUUCAGCGAAUUUAAAUCAGCUGUAGUAAAAGCAUGCGCUGGAAGCUGCACCCCGAACAGCCCAUCUCGCAAAAUGUCGCAGCAGCAGUACAUUAGGGACGAAAAUGGAGACGUGUUCAUACCAGGAUCAAGACGUCCCGAUGGAACAUUUCGAAAACCUAUAAGGGUAAAAGAAGGUUAUGUCCCCCAGGAUGAAAUGCCUCUAUACGAGAGCAAGGGCCGGCAGUUCAACAGAGGCCGCGUGGACCAUCCGAUCGGCCUGGCGCCGGACGACGUGGCGCGCCACAGGGCCGGCCGGGAGGCGGCAGAGCGGGCCGACCGGUUCCCCAGCGCCGCCGGGGACGCAGUCAUCCCCGGCCUCGCAGCCCCGGCUAAGUCGGCGAAGAAGUCCAAGUCGAAGAAGAAGCCCGAAAAGAAGGAGCCGCCGGCGCCCGUCAUAGACGAGAGCCUGGUGGAGCAGCUGUCCAAGGCGAGCAUCGCCGCCGCGCCAGAGCUGCCGCUGCCCGAGGCCGAGGCGGCCGAACUCAGGAGUAAGCUGAAGAACCUGAAAAAGAAGCUCAAGGACGUAGUGCAGCUGGCCGAAAAAGUGAAAUCGGGCCAGGUGACUCCCGAUCCCGAACAGAAAGCGAAAAUAUUACGGAAGCAGACGCUUAUAGACGAUAUUAAGAGCAUUGAACGAGAACUUGGCAAGUGAAUAAACGAGUGUUUGGUUGUGGUUUGAAGACUCAUUUUCUUACAAUUUGAACUCGGUAUGUGCAAACUGGCGGAGUAGGUGUUCACGAGUGCUUGCUGGGUGAUCGUCGUUUUUGUAUUUGUUUUGGCGAUGUCAUUUUCAGUCCCGAGUUUUCCAACAGUGUGGUCGUUCGACCCGUGCCUAAAUGGGUAUUAAAUUGACUACCCCAUGCUUUGCGAAUGAAACGAAUUGCUUUUUGACCUGUUGUCGUGUACUACGUUUACCGCGAGAGACAUUCGGUCCCAGUGGUACGUCCAGGUACCAUGUGCGAUGGUGGCGUGCCGCUCGCGUUGUUUGCGAUGGAGCUUUGGCGGUGCGGCUGGUCAGGCGUGUCGAAAUCGUGGUGGAUAUUGGCGCGUGCACUUCCAGCAGUUGCGAUCCACAGGUUUUGUGAAAAUGGAGAGGGCCUAGCAGGCUGCUGCAUGGGCAGCUGCCGUUACGGUGACUUUUAAAAUUGAAUAAAAAAUGUGAGCGGC